UAUUUCCGACACAUUUCGAUUGCUUUCUGUUUUUUGGGGAGGGAGGAAUAGAAAAAGGAAGCUGACGGCCAAAAGUCAAAAUCAAUUGCUAAAAAAGGCUCCGAGGGGGGAAUGGAGCUGCUGAGCGUGAGUCCACAACAACUGACCUUCUAUGCCCCGUACCAUGGUCCACAGAGGCGAAUACUGACCCUGCUGAAUCCCACCCAUAUGGUGGUUCUAUUCAAGAUCAAGUCAAAUGCCUUUAGGCACUAUCGUUUGAGGCCCAAUGCUGGAAAGGUGGAACCCUAUGCCACAAUCGAGGUCCGGAUCUGCCUGCAGUGCUUUGACUUUCACGAGGACCAAAAGUAUAAUCAUUAUUUAAGCAUUCAAUCUUUUCUCAAGCCCGAAAACUGUUUUAACGGCGAAACCACCUUGGCCUUUUUCCGAAGCCUUCCUCGGGAGCAAAUUUACACCAAAUGCCUGCCCAUUAACCUGGAAAACAAACCCCUUUUCCUAUCCAAAUGUGGUCCGGAGUCACCCUGUUUGGAGAAAAUGGUCAUGGAAAGAAAUCGUCCGCUGAGACCUUUCUGCCCCAAGUGUGCAGUACCUUCGGGACCGAAAAAAUACCAGGAAAAUGGAAUUAAAAUCGUGGUUAUCAUCACAGUCUUCCUGCUUGCAGUUUUUCUUACAGCAUAUUUGCUAGUGCGGGAGAAGCUACAGAGCUCUAUUCAAAAUCACUUACCAUUCAUUCAUAAAGAUAACUCUCAAGAUAGUUGUACGGAUAGCUCAUCAUGUACUUGUAGCUCCUUAGAAGGUUGUGACUCACUAGACAGUUGUAUAAGUCCUGAAAUUUCCAGAAUAAAUUCUAUUUAGGA